ACCGCGGGAAAGAACUUGGUCUACUUAGGUAGGUAGGUAGUCGCAAACCCAGCAAUGAAGGGGGAUCGCGCACUGAGCCAAUGAGUAUCCCUACAUCGGAGUUGAACGGUUGAAGAAGGCCUUGGCACAGAUGAGAUGCGUGGCAUGGAUUUUUCUUUUUCCUUUAUGUAUUCACUUAAUGGCUAGCAGGUCAUUACUUAUCUCGAUCAGGUUCCAAGUUGGGAGGUCGUUCAAAUUGGACUUACAAAGCCUCAACGCCCCACAACGGGAGCUAGGUUGCACUAAAAGCAUGACACCCACGAUAGGGAGCAUCGCAGACCGGACAAGACACAAGGUCGCGGCAGCUUUCAGCCGGGGUUCAGGCGGUGCAGUGGUACAAAGUUAGCUGAGCAGGGGUAGCCGUUCUGGAGCCUGGGCGAGCUAGGGUCCUAGCAUCC